AGCUUGCGGCAGCAUAAGAUGGCGGCGGGCGGGUCUCGUUGCCUCACAGCCUUAGGGGUCUCCGGAAACCUCGGCCCCCGACGCGGGAGGGCAACCCCUGGCCACUCGGCUUUAGAUGGAAGGGCGGUGGCAGCAGAGCUUCUCGCCGGCGCAGUGCCGGCGCCCUGCAGCGAGCGUGGCGCUCCGCGGGCCCGCCCCCGCGCGGCACCAUGACGACGGCAGCUGGAGUCGCCAAGAGCCGCGCGGUGCGGGCGCCGUGCAGGUGCUGCUCGUUGCGAAUGGCCAAACGGCUCCGGGCCGGACGUUCAACUACCCUUACGACCCUCUCUACCCAUUGUCAAGUGAGAAGGAUCAUUUAAAAUCAAAUAUCCAUGUUCAAAGUGUCAGUGAUAAAGUGCUGCUGUUCCUAGUAGGGUGCCUGGAUCUUCAUCAUCUGACACUCUCUUACACUCUGGUAAAGGCACCAAUGCUGAGAAGUAUGUUUAGUAGCUUGAUCCAUUUACCGUGCUACAGUCAAUGCUUGGAGGGGAAAGAUCCAGUGCCUCCACUGAUUGGCCGAAGAUGGAGGGGGAGGUCUCAGCAGCGUCUGGAAACUCUUCAGCAGCUUGCUAUAACUCAAUCUUCUCCUCAAUUACCUGAAAUUGUGUAUGAAGAUCCUGAAGUUAGUGGAAGGAAUCGCUACAAGUAUUUUGCAAGACCUCUCACCCCUUCUAAUAAGCUGCUUCCACUAAAUGUUGCUUACAGAGUGACAACGUCAGAACCUUACAUCUAUUCAGCUACAAAAGACAGCAAUGUCUGUGGUCCCAUGCUACGAACUUUGGGCACACAGACAGAUUACAGGGAUGGCGAAGCCCAGACUGAUCCCUAUUCCCCUGAAUAUGUAGUUCCUGGUGGCUCCAUCCCUGAACUUCUGACACUUGCUACACUUGCUUGGGGUCGGGGGCUGCCAGCAGGACUAGCCGAGGUGGAGAUGAUUGAACGUGCCCGGGAAAAACGUGCGUGGGAAGCAACUCUUCCAGCCAUGGACAGUGCAUCAAAUAUCGCAAAGAGGAGAAAGAUGAUGGAUCAUAUGGAGAGAAAGGAGUGGGCCUUUAGAGAACAGGAAAUAGAAAAGUUGCAGGAGGCUCGAUUUGAAAUCUUAAAGGAGCUGCUGCGAAGGCGAGAGGAGAAUCAGAAUAAGCUGGAUGCCAAGCGCUUGGAUGACCACUGGCAAAACCAUGAGAAGGCCAAAAAAGAGAAAAUAAAAAAGUUUCAGCAUGACUUUGCACUGAUGCUCAGGAAAUUGAUAGCUAAGAGGAAGAAUGUGAUGGGGAAGCUGGAGAGACGAGAUAUCAUCCAAGAGUAUACUGACUUUGCAUCACAAACAUAUGCUCCUUUGUCUAGGAAUGGUUACUUCCCAGACAACCAUUCUGAACGCUAUGUAGUAAAAAGCUGCUAUCUUGACACCUUUACAGGACUUUGUGAAUUGGAAGCAUCUCUCCCAGAUUAUGUUACCCAGGUCAAGAUUAAAGCUCCAAAACCUAAGUACACUACCACUGAGACUGGAUUUAUUAAAAGAUCAGCAAGGCUAGAGGUGACACUGGCACAAGUUCACCAGGCACUACUGGAGAAGAAGAAUAAAGUUAAGGAGCCAAAGAAGGCCCUCCAUUUCCUAGAAAAAGUAGAAAAGGCUAUUCCUCGCCCACCCACUCCAACCCUGGAAAGUCCAUCAAUUGAGGAAGAGGAAAUAGAACUGGCAGUGAUCUGUCUGCAGAAGCUGCUCCGAGGCAGAGCUAUCCAGAACAUGAUGUUUGAAGAAAAGGAGAAGCGUCUGGAACUGAUCCAAGAGCUGCGCACCACUCACGCACUCCAGGAGGAUGGGCAGCUGCUUUUGGAGGCAAAGGCUCAAGCGACACUGGCUCUGCGGCGGCAGCAGAACUUGCAAAUGGACAAGCUGUCAUCCAUAGAAAGCCACUUGGCUAGGGAAGAAGGAAGGGCAUUGGCAAACAUGUUUGAUUUCCUAUCCAAAGAGCUGGUGAGGCUGCAAGAAGAACGGAAGAUCCACGCUUAUGUGAUGUUGGCUGAGAGGGAGAGGCGGAUGCGGGAAGCGGAGGAGAGCGGACGUCGUCAGGUGGAAGAGAGGCGGCGUCAGGAAGAAGAUGAGCUUUUCAAACAGGUGGUGAAGGUGCACCAGAGCACUAUUGACUCCUAUUUGGAAGACAUUAUCCUAAGUAGCAUAGAGCAUGCAGCUGAGGAACAAGCCCGGGAAGAGGUGCAGAGAAGGGCUGUGGAAAUCAACGACAUUGCCUAUGAAAUGGAAAGUCGUCGAACUCACCUACAGUCAGAAGAGAUUGUAGCAGAGCUGGUUUAUGAUUUCCUGAUCCCAGAAGCUGAGAAAAUGUCUAUCAGAGAAAAAGUGAGGCAGUCCCAAAGAAAGCACCUAUAUGCUGCUCACCAGAUCAUCCACAGGGGCACAGAGAGGCUGCUGGCUGAUCUGGCAGUACCUCCGGAGACAUCUGCCAGCAAGACAGACAGAGAUCCUCCUGCUGGGACGGGCAGCGCUGCUCUGGGUGGCACAGCUGCCGGACCAAGUGCAGCUGACAGCAGUAGCUCUGCCCCAGUUGCACACAAAGCAGCUAAACUUCUGUGUGAAGAAAGGCCAGGAGAGAUGGCAGUGAACCCUUCAGAUGGAUCAGAGAAGGAUCCCACAGCUUCCUAGAGACAGAAUAAAACCCAGGGCAUCCAGAAUGGAAAAUGCUCCCUCUCCCUUGGGCUAUCUCUCAUGCUGCCUACCAGCAACAUUAUCCUGGAAGAACUCUGUGUGCAUUUUGGUGUGGCAGCCCAGUCCAGCACCGUCCACUCAUUCCCAACCAGCUUUGCACCUCAUUAGCUUAUUUUCCUUUCCUAAUUAUUAAACGCCGCUUGAGUGAGAAA